AUGACCCUGAUCAUCGAUCAUGACCGCGCCGGCGGCUAUUGGGGUUCGGUCUACGCCUUCACCGCCAUCAAGGGCCUGCAGGUGAUCAUCGACGGUCCCGUCGGCUGCGAGAACCUGCCGGUCACAUCGGUCUUGCACUACACCGACGCCCUGCCCCCGCACGAACUGCCGAUCGUCGUCACCGGCCUUGCCGAAGAGGAACUGGGCCAGACGGGCACCGAACAGUCCAUGAAGAACGCCCGCGCCGUGCUCGAUCCCGAUCUUCCGGCGGUCGUCGUCACCGGCUCGAUAGCCGAAAUGAUCGGCGGCGGCGUGACGCCCGAGGGCACCAACAUCCAGCGCUUUUUGCCGCGCACGAUCGACGAGGACCAGUGGCAGUCCGCCGACCGCGCGAUCAAGUGGCUGUGGACGGAGUUUGGCCCCAAGAAGGGCAAGGUGCGCCCACCGAAGGACGUCAAGGAAGGCGAAAAGCCCAAAGUCAACAUCAUCGGGCCGAUCUACGGGACGUUCAACAUGCCGUCCGAUCUGGCCGAGAUCCGGCGAUUGAUCGAGGGCAUUGGCGCCGAGGUCAACAUGGCCUUCCCGCUUGGUUCGCACCUUGCCGAUGUGCCCAGGCUCGCCAACGCGCACGCCAAUGUGUGCCUUUAUCGCGAGUUCGGCCGCGGCCUGUGCGAGGCGCUCGACCGGCCCUAUCUGCAGGCGCCGAUCGGCAUCCAUUCGACCACGGCUUUCCUGCGCACGCUCGGCGAGAUGCUGGGCCUCGAUCCCGAACCGUUCAUCGAGCGCGAAAAGCACACGACGCUGAAACCGAUGUGGGAUCUGUGGCGCUCGGUGACGCAGGAUUUCUUCGCCACCGCCUCCUUCGCCAUCGUCGCCAGCGAAACCUAUGAGCGCGGCGUCCGCAAUUUCCUCGCCGACGAGAUGGGCCUGCCCUGCACCUUCUCCUAUCCGCGGCGCGCCGGAAUCAAGCCCGACAAUGAGGCGAUCCGGCAGGCGAUCAAGGACACGCCGCCGCUGAUCCUGUUCGGCUCCUACAAUGAGCGCAUGUAUCUGGCCGAAACCGGCGGCAAGGCGAUCUACAUUCCGCUGUCGUUUCCCGGCGCCAUCAUCCGCCGCCACACCGGCACCCCUGUGAUGGGCUAUUCGGGCGCCUCCUGGAUGAUCCAGGAAGUCUGCAACGGCCUGUUCGACGCGCUGUUCAACAUCAUCCCGCUCGCCACCGAUCUCGACUCGGUCGAGGCGACACCGGCCCGCGUCAACCGCUCCAUGCCAUGGAGCGUUGAAGCCCAAUCCGACCUCGACCGGAUCGUCGAGGCGCAACCUGUCCUGGUGCGCAUCUCCGCAGCCAAGAACCUGCGCGAUGCCGCCGAAACCAUUGCCCAGAACGAGAAUGCCGAGCGUGUCGACCGAUCCCAUGUCGAACGCGCGCGGCUUCAGGCCGUGACGGGCAAGGCCGCAUGA